CGACGCGUUGCCCGCAGGACCCCAGCGGCUGCCCAUGCCGAGGUGAGUCCGCCGGACCCGCGGCCGCCGUCCAGUGCCCGUCCCGUCCCCGCCGCCGCCCCGCGCGUACCCGCCGCCGGCCAGGAUGCUGGAGGAAGCGGGCGAGGUGCUGGAGAACAUGCUGAAGGCGUCGUGUCUGCCGCUCGGCUUCAUCGUCUUCUUGCCCGCGGUGCUGCUGCUCGUGGCGCCGCCGCUGCCCGCCGCCGACGCCGCGCACGAGUUCACGGUGUACCGCAUGCAGCAGUACGACCUGCAGGGCCAGCCCUACGGCACCCGGAACGCGGUCCUCAACACGGAGGCGCGCACGGUGGACGCGGACGUGCUGAGCCGGCGCUGCGUGCUCAUGCGGCUGGCCGACUUCUCCUUCGAGCAGUACCAGAAGGCCCUGCGGCAGUCGGCCGGCGCCGUGGUCAUCAUCCUGCCGCGGGCCGUGGCCGCCGUGCCCCAGGACGUCAUCCGGCGCUUCGUGGAGAUCGAGCCUGAGAUGCUGGCCAUGGAGACCAUCGUGCCCGUGUACUUCGCCGUGGAGGACGAGGCCCUGCUGUCCAUCUACGAGCAGACCCAGGCCGCCUCUGCCUCCCAGGGCUCCGCCUCUGCGGCCGAAGUGCUGCUCCACACAGCCACUGCCAACGGCUUCCAGAUGGUCACCAGCGGGGUUCAGAGCAAGGCCGUGAGCGACUGGCUCAUCACCAGCGUGGAGGGCCGGCUGACGGGGCUGGGCGGAGAGGACCUGCCCACCAUUGUCAUCGUGGCCCACUACGACGCCUUCGGGGUGGCCCCUUGGCUGUCGCUGGGUGCGGACUCCAACGGGAGUGGCGUCUCUGUGCUGCUGGAGCUGGCGCGCCUCUUCUCCAGGCUCUACACCUACAAGCGCACCCACGCCGCGUACAACCUCCUGUUCUUUGCUUCCGGAGGCGGCAAGUUUAACUACCAGGGGACCAAGCGCUGGCUGGAGGACAACCUGGACCACACAGACUCCAGCCUGCUGCAGGACAACGUGGCCUUCGUCCUGUGCCUGGACACCGUGGGCCGGGGCAGCAGCCUGCACCUGCACGUGUCCCGGCCGCCCCGGGAGGGGACCCUGCAGCACGCCUUCCUGCGGGAGCUGGAAACGGUGGCCGCCCACCAGUUCCCCGAGGUGCGGUUCUCCAUGGUGCACAAGAAGGUCAACCUGGCCGACGAGCUGCUGGCCUGGGAGCAUGAGCGCUUCGCCAUCCGCCGGCUGCCCGCCUUCACCCUGUCCCACCUGGAGAGCCACCGCCACGGGCAGCGCAGCAGCAUCAUGGACGUGCGGUCCCGGGUGGACUCGAAGACCCUGACACGCAACACGCGGAUCAUCGCGGAGGCCCUGACGCGGGUCAUCUACAACCUGACUGAGAAGGGCACGCCCCCGGACAUGCCCGUGUUCACCGAGCAGAUGCAGGUCCAGCAGGAGCAGCUGGACUCGGUGAUGGACUGGCUCACCAACCAGCCGCGGGCGGCGCAGCUGCUGGACAAGGGCGGCACCUUCCUCAGCACGCUGGAGCACUUCCUGAGCCGGUACCUGAAGGACGUGCGGCAGCACCACGCCAAGGCCGACAGGCGGGACCCUGAGUUCGUCUUCUACGACCAGCUGAAGCAGGUGAUGAACGCCUACAGGGUCAAGCCGGCCAUCUUCGACCUGCUCCUGGCCGUCUGCAUCGGCGCCUACCUCGGAAUGGCCUACACGGCAGUCCAGCACUUCGACCUCCUCUACAAGACGGUGCAGAGGCUGCUGGUGAAGGCCAAGACACAGUGACCGCGCCGCCUGCCCGCACCUGCCAUGCAGGACGGACUCGCCCCCUCGCAGCCGAACCUGAAUUACAGAGCUUUCGUGUUGCUGUCCAGGA